AAAGGGUCGCGGCAUUAGGAAGGUUGAGAACCACUGUGUUGUCCCCUUAAGCAUCCACAGACCUUCGCCUUGGGCCCAGGCAGUGAGGCGUGACGUCUACUGCGCACGUGCGCCGAGCUCCACGACGGCCCCGCCCCUGGUCCGCCUGGGACAACCCCGCCCCGCCCUCUGGGGCGGAGCUAAGCACGGCUUCCGCCGGAAGUCCGGGCUCCAGCGGGAAACCGUACCCAGCCGCUCGGGGCUGGGUGAUGCAGUUCCCUCCUCCGGUGCCCUGUCGCUUCCGUGUCUUCCGCGCCCCAGUUUAGAUUUUCACGCCCAACUCUUCCACAGUCCUGAUCACACCACAUCCCAGUGCCAGGUGCAAAUCACUGCCCAGCCCGAAGCUAGGAGAGGAGCCUGUGUCCUGCCCGGGCCCGCCCUCGCCCGGGGAGGCCCAGGGAGUUCCCCCCCGCCUUUCCGGCCUCAUCGGCCGCACUCUCCUGCCUGUCCCCCGUGCACCCUUCGCCACCCCGGCCAUGGCGCAGAAGCCGAAGGUAGACCCCCAUGUCGGACGGCUGGGAUACCUGCAGGCGCUGGUCACGGAAUUCCAGGAGACGGAGAGCCAAGACGCCAAGGAGCAAGUCCUGGCCAACCUCGCCAACUUCGCCUAUGACCCCGGCAACUACCAGUAUCUGCGACAGCUGCAGGUCCUGGAUCUGUUCCUCGAUUCGCUGUCGGAGGAGAACGAGACCCUGGUGGAGUUUGCUAUUGGCGGCCUCUGCAACCUGUGUGCAGACAGGGCCAACAAGGAGCACAUCCUGCAGACAGGGGGCGUCCCGCUCAUCAUCAACUGCCUGUCCAGCCCCAACGAGGAGACUGUGCUGUCCGCUGUCACCACCAUCAUGUACCUGAGCUCGCCAGGCCCCGGCUCCCACCCCGAGCUGACCGCCACGCCCGUGGUCCAGUGCAUGCUGCGCUUCUCCCUCUCGGCCAACACGCGGCUCCGGAACCUGGCCCAGGUCUUCCUGGAAGACUUCUGUUCCCCGAGCCAGGUGGCCGAAGCCCGCCGCCGGCCGGCUCACUCUGCCCUGGGCAUCCCACUGCCAAGGACCGAGGCCCCACAGCAGCCCUGACCCACGGAGGCCUCAGGGCCGCGGUUCUCUUGCUGCCGGAGACAAGACCGGAAUCCUGGUGGGGGCUGGGAAGCAGGAGACGCUAGCUCCCCCUGAGCACUUUCUCCCCAGCUGGUGCCUUUUCAGCCGUUUUAAAGGUGAGUUUCCUCAGCCUGCCAGGCACUGGCACAGGAUGCAGGCGCUAGGAGAGGAGUUGAGGAAGACAGACUUUGAGAUGUGGAGAAGGAAGUCAAAGGCAGCGCCCUCUUCCUAGGCUGUCCUCAACCAAGGGACGGCCCAGGGCCUGCCACUGAUCCACCCACUGCCAGGCUCUCCCUCCUGUAAGAAGCAACCUGGGCCCACGGUCCAGAGGCUUUUGCAGAAGGUGGUUCUCCUGAGAGCAGCUGGGCCUGGGGCUUCGGGAGGCUGCCCGCACUUGAGGAGGUAGCCUGAUCCCUUCACUGAGGGCCUGGGGUCAUUGUGAGGAACAGGAAUGAGAAGCCUUGUUGUUAACAUUGUCUCAAGGCUCUGGGUAGCUGGGCACCGGGCAUAGUGGGUGUUGGCCCAGAGAACUCUGUGGCCCAGGAGUAACCAUUUAUCCACACAGGCCAUUUGCCAGGCUCAAUGGGAGGGCUUCCAGGAUGAAGACGUGGUCCCUGCUCCUGUGUGACGCAGCCCAAUGUCUGUUAACGUGACCAUGAGGCAUUAAGACCCAGGCCAUGAGGGUGGUGACAUCAGAAUACAGGCACAAACCCUUGGAGCUGCGUCUUAUCCCCACCCCCCCAUGGUCCUCGCCUGAAAGCCCUGCCAUCAGGGUUCAGUGAGCGGGAGUCCUUGCCCCUGGAAAUGCGUCUCAGGAGGCUUUGGGGAUGCAGGUGGAGUGGUGCGCAGGGAGACAGGACCAGAUACUGACCUAAAGUGUGUGGCUCGCAGUCCAGUGUAUGCUGGUCAGCACAGGGAAGGGGUGUGGGGCACCCAUGGGAAGCUGGGGUUCAGGAGUGGUGGGGAGUCCUGGUCAUCUGUACUCCCUUAAGGUUGACUUCUCACAUGACCAAGGGAGGGCAGCUGCGAGAGGAAUGGCAUCCAGGGGGCAGGGAGGUGGGGCAGGUCCUGGGGCCUCUGGGGAGAGGGGGAAGGUCUCUAUCAGCCUUCAUUCCAACGGCAGCCCUCGGGCUCCUGCCCUUUCCUUUCCCAAAUAAAGAGCCUGAACAGA